UCAGUGCAGGAGCACAGCCCCGCAGCCCUCUGCCGCUAGACAAGGAGCCACCCACGCCACAAACAGGCAAGUACCUUCUCAAGAUCUUUCAGCACAGAAAAGGGUGCGGGAAACUGUCUGUGAAGUGUUCUUGUUUAGCUUUUCCUUCAUUUUGAAAUCUCGCAAGGGAAGGGAGUCCCAUAGGAGCUGCUGAAAUGAUCCCACAUCAGUCCCUCAGAACGUCUCCCCUCCCCAGCGCCGCCACAGCCGCGCUCUGUGAUGUCCUGCCAGGUGCAGCAGAGGGGACAGACCUGCACGCUUUUCUUCUCAGUAAGGCCAGGAAGAUUUUUCCCUUGUAAAUCAAACUCCUUCACCACACUUUGUCACACCAGCCGAAGCAGGAAGCAUAACAAACUUUGGAUUAAAACCAAACUGUGACAGGAACCUGACAGCGAUUUGUUUCUGUUUCUUCAGCACCCAGCCCGCCUCUGGGGAGACAGAGGCAGAGCACCAGGGAAUACGUGGGGGUUUUUAUAUCUUUUGGGGGAUAUAUUUUGCUCUAUGGGCUUGCCACAGAAGGAGCUCUCCUACUUCCCCCCCCCCCUCAACCCAGUAUUCACCCCUCAGUGCUUUCACUUCCUUGCAGUAAGACUCAGUAAUCACUUUCCUAAUUCUCCAUUUCGACACAAUGUCAAACCACCCCCCUCUGCCAGGCACCAGGACAUGCAGGGGAAACACUGCAGGAGGAAAAAACAGCAAGAAAUGGCUCCAGCUUUUUAACUUUUAAACCAAUGUCAGGUCAACACAUUAAAGACUGAAGUGUUUAGGACCAUGACAGACCCUAGGUUAACAGAGUUCUUAAUAAUUAAAGUAAUAUAUUUUGUUACAGCUUUUGGAUUGUUCUUGAAGUCAUUUUGCUUAAUUUGUCUUGCCUCUUCCCUAAGGCACAAGUACUUUGCUUUGGUUCAAAAAUUCACCCAGGUCCAGCAGAAUGUUUAAAAAAUUAACCCAGUCCAUAGUAAAUCAACUGGAUCCAAAAGGAGACCUGGUCCCAGUUGGCAGCAUCUUCGACCAUGAACACUUCAGACCCCUCUGCCUAGUGAGAAGAAAAAGAAGAGCCGUAUUCCACUUGUCUCCCUGCUACAAACAGACCCAGUACAGACUUGCUGACGUGCUGCUGCCAGGGGAAGGUGAUAAAAGCACAGAGUCCCUCUUACCCAGCCCAGGGGGUGAAGCUUCAAGGCAAUUUACAGUCACACAAAGUGUCACUGACAGAAUCGAUGGGAACCUUGGCCUUCAUGUCGAACCCACAAGAAUAGAGCUGAAAGGAGUCACCUCCUUGGCCAAAGAGUGGACCAUCAAGAUGGAGAAGAGACCUGUCCCAGUAGCCAAACUUGAGGUGCUCAAAGGAGAGAGAAAAAUAAACGUGAACCAUCCCUUCAUUCAACAACUGCAAAAAACACACCAGAAUUUGUAUGUGAUUCAUGAAACAAUAGAAGCCUCAGAGGAGACCAGCUACAAGGAAUCCACCCAGGCAGAGGGGAGCUUCAUGUCCCAGCUUUACGCCAAGUUUUGUAUGAAGGGCAGCAGAGUGAACAACCAAAGCAUAACAAUACCCAAGGGCUGCACCCUGGCCUUCAGGGCAAUCCCACUGGCCAUCAAAAAUGGAUCAUGGGACCUUCAAUAUUUCCCAGAAAUGGCAAAGAGAUCAUGCUUUGUCUCUGACGGUAUCUCACAAGGAAAACUGGGAGAACUGGAGGCAGAAGUUAAAAAGAAUUGUCAAAUUCUCUCCAAGUUGCCUUCUGAUCUGUCCAUCAUAUUUUUAGAAGCCAUCAAAGUUGUGAUGAGAGACAGGAACCUCUUUCAAGAGCUGUCCCAGAAAGUGGAAGCAGUCCUUGAUGAAAGUGGUUGCUGUGAGCUGAAAACAGACAGCCCAGGCUUAAAAGACUUGCUGAGCAGCUUAGAGAGGUCUCCAAGAAUCCAUCUUCUCAGCUGGGCAGAAGCAAUCAGCUACACUCUGGAUGCCCUGGAUGAGCUCACGGAGGAUCAGCUGCUGCUCUUGAUGGAGUCCUUGGAAGAGAAGAUUGUGCCCAAACAGCUGAAGCUGGUCAAGAGCAUCUUGGAACAGGACCAGUACAGAAAGGGGCCUUUCAGCAUAGACCACAGCUUGGUCUCCUUCACACAAGAGAAGGAAGAAAAAUUAACCAUUGCCAUGGUUGAGAUGAGUGGAGUGAAGCUCCAGAAAGAUGAAUCUGCCACCUGUGUGGAAGCUUUUCCAGCUGUAGCAGCUCUGUACGUGUCCCUUUACGUCCUCAAUCUCCUGAGUAACCAAGACUAGGUUACUCAGUAACUUAGGGAUGACUUAAAGGGAAUCACUUCACGCUGCUUUGAAAUGAGUGGGGAAAGCAGACUUGGGGCAAGAAAACCCCUAAUGGAGGCCAGAAACCAGAUACCAAAAGAGAUUUGCUUUCCCCUCAGUACAAAUGCAGAGUGGCAACUGAACAACGUGCCCAAAUAACCACAAGACUGUCAGGAGUGCUGUGUGUGAUCCUGGUUUUCCCAGGGAACGCCAGCACACACAGCCACACGUGCCAGCACCAAGAUAAGUCAGGAAAUAAAUGUAUUUCCCCUGGUCACGCCUGCAACGCGUGCGUGACUCAGUAAACGCUGCGAAGCUGCGGGGUCUGAGCACAACAGGCGCGGUGAGCCAGCCCCUCCAGCACACCCGCACACCCUCCACCCGCCGCAAGGAAUAAACUGUUAACCUCCUGGAACCCCGUCAGAAAUACUUCGAGUACAGUUUCACGAA